CUGGAUCUCCUAAAUCAUGAGAUCAUGACCUGAGCCGAAAUCAAGAGUCAGACACAACCGACUGAGCCACCCAGGUGCCCCUCAUUGCCCACUUUGAAGACUAAACUAUUCAACAGAAAAGGUUGAUGUUUGACUGAAGCCCAUUCACACACUAAUUGAACCCUCUCUGUGGUCAUGAUAGGGAGCAACUAGGAUUGUCUAUUCAUGUGAGUUUACAAACCAGGAGACUGAGGCCCAAAGAUGACUGAUUGUAAGGUUUGAUUAGAAAAGCGUGGAACUGGCCGUCAGUAAGCUUCUCCAACCCCAGCUGGCUGAGAUGACACCUGCCAUUUUUUUCUGCGCUUCCCCGCUCCUUCUGUCUGGCUGGUAGUCGGGGAGAGAGGUCACCGCGUUGUGCUGGUAACCAAAUCUCCGGAAGUCUCCAGUGUCAGACAUCUGGCUUCAUUCCUGGCCUACUACCUACUGGCUGCGUAUGACCAUAGAUGCAUCCCUAAAUCUCUGAGCCUUGUCUAACAAUGAGGAUGAUAAUACUAAUACAAGAUGUAUUGAUACACCUUGUGUGUAUUAGUAUCAGAGAAGGAUGCUGAAUGCUCACAGCCUAGUUCCUAUUGUUGGCGCCUCAUUACCAGGGUAGGGUAACACUAUCUGCUGUAAUAAACAAGCAGUGACAUUUUAAUGGCUUCAUCUGAUCAAAAUUUAUGCUCACCUAACAGUCCAGGGUUCCUGGCUGGGGGCAGUUCCUGUCCACGCUGGCAUUCAGGGAUGUGGACCCCUUCUAUGGCUCCACCAUCCCCUCAGGUCUGAGUGCUCCGCACCGAGGCAGAACCAUUGGCAAGAAUAGUCCCAUGCCCCUAGCUGUUCACACUGCAGGGGGCUGGGGAAGUGCCUCUGGAAGGAGGAGCACACCUCUGGGGGGAGUACUAGCCUUCUCUGCACAGCCCCAGCUCUCCUGGACGUAAAGUCAGUGGCUGGGAGUGAAGAGUGGAAUGAGCCUGUUGGUGAGGGAAGGGCCAGGUCAGUGGGAAAGCCGCCCUGCCCUCCCAGGAGAGCGGUGAGAACAGCAGGAGAGUGGGAGGUGGCAGCGUGGAGAGCCGUCCCUCCAGGGCUGGGUAAGUUGGCCAGCAGGAGGGCGCCGUCUCACAAGGCCGUGUGCAAGACCCCUUUUGAACUCUGACCCCAAUUCUGUGCCGUCUGUGUGGCCUGGGCCAAGUGAUGCCUUCUCUGUAAAAUGAGGAUAGUCUUACUGUGAGGAUUAAACGCCACGAUGCGCAGGAGGUGCCGAGCCCAGUGUUGUCCUUGUUUCGUAAGGAGGAUUUUGCUAAGCAAGGGUCUGCAAGCUUGCAGCACAGGUGCCCCUCCUUCCUCUCAUCUCAGGGAGGCCAGUACUAGUACCUGGUGACCCUCCUUCCUCAGAGUCCUUCUUAACAUAGCAUGCCAGGAAAGCUGUACCAAACAGUUCACUAGCAGGUAGGAUGACCUCCAGAGGCCACACUUCAGGCUUCUUCACCUCUGUAUCCAUGUGGCGUAGCAAGGACUUGACAAUAGUUAGUGUUCAGUAAAUGAAGUAGAAUCUGUUGUAGGCGUCUCUUGGAGGUGGUGUUUAAGAAGAAAUUAUUCUCUUGUUGACAUGGGAAGGAAGACUCUGUUCAAGACUAUUGCCCUAGGUGCAAACCUGUCUCCAUAGGGGAAAGAAUGGGCUCAAUUCUGAAUGUAGUAGGAACAAGUGGGGAUUUAUGGCCAAGGAGCUAUUGGGGGGAGGUGGUCAGUGGAUGGAAAAUUACUAAGAGGAAACAUCAGGGGUUGGGAGAUUCUUGCUAAAUCCAUUCAACGGAAUUCUUGCCAAAGGUGGGCCGGGGUGCUAAGAUGUCAAGGGUAGGGGGAAUGAGGAACUUGGUCAGACAGAUACCAACGGUAGUUAGAUAUCAAGGGUGGGGAGUCACUGUAAAGUGAUUUUGCUGGACUCUUGCUAAAACUGAGCUCUACAAGGGCAGACACAGAGGCCCAAGUUCAAGGCCAUGUCGAGAAGCUGAACAAAGUUUGGUCAAACAGAGAGUCUCUGCCGGUGGGAAGGCAGAUCCCAUAUCUUCCAGUCUACUGCUCUGCCCAUGCAGGUUUGGGGAUGGGACAUCAGACUUGAGGUGCCCUGGGGCUGGUGGAACCCUGGGCUGUGCCUUUAAACAUGCAGGUGUUUUUGCCUCACACUGGGAACUCUGGGUCCUUGAGGAGGAUGCUCCGUUAUCCAGGCCUCAGGAUCUCUCUGUGCAGCAGGGGUGGGAGCCACAGAAGGGGAAGAUGCAAAAAGGACUCCACUCUGGCCCAGAUCCUUGGGGAACAGGACUGCAUGUGGCAGCAGGGGGACAGGAGCUUCUGGAAAAGUGCCCAGGGAGGCGGCAUUCCAGAAGUGGACUUCUGGCCCGGUUGAUAAAUACCAGAGCUGUAAUUAAGACAAAAUACUGUGAAUAUGACACCUGCUGACAGCUGCAGGAAGGCCCCGGAAACUUUUAUUAUGAAUUAGAUUCUGCAGGCCACUCUGCUGUGGUGAGCUGGUGCCUGGGCCAAGGAACCUGAGGGAGCUGAGCAGGCCAGCUGCCUCGAGGGCAGGGGAUGGCUCACCAGGGGAGAAGGGGAAAGAGUGAUCUUCCAUCCAUUUCCAGGGCCCUCAUGAAGGACCAUUUAAGUCUCAGAAAUCAUAACCCCUGAUAGAAGCCAGAGCUGGAAAGGGCUCGGAGCUCAGCUGGUCCAAUGCUCCCAUUUUAUAUUUGGGAAAACCAAGGCCCAGCGGGGGACGUGAAUUGCCAAGGUCACACAACAAGUUACUGGCUGCACCAGGGCUGGAGACCAGCCCAGUCCUAAUCCCAGGCUGCCAUGCUUGGCUGCAGGGCAGUUAACAGUAGUCGGUUGGGCACACAUCUAGGCAUUCAGCCCAGAGUGCUUGGAGAGACUGAGACAAAGUCGGAGAUAGGGAGACGUAGAGACAGAAUGAAAUGGGCAGAGAAGAGAGUUGCAGAAGGAGAGCAACAUGGAACAGAGACAGAAAGAGAUGUUCAUGGGCCUGAGUCACUACGUUCAAAAUAGAGAUUCGAACACCAGCAGGGUGGGGCAGGACCUCAGCGACCAGCUAGGUCAGUCUCCUUUAUUUUUACAACAGUCAAAGUGCAGCUGAGUAGUUGACCUGUGUAAACCUUUUCAGGAACAGUUUGAUGCUGAAUGGUAAAAAGGAAAUGCUUGUGGUGCUAAAAAGUGGCAAAACUUCCAUCUCUAAGAGUUUUUGAACGGGAUUUGAAAAAUGAGCUGUAGGAAUGUGACCCAGUGCAGGGGCAUUUGGGACAAUAUGCCAAUGACAUUUCUGCAACUGUCUGGGAUUUAGGACCAAGCACCCCACGCCCUCUGUGCUCUUUCUGAUGUCUUAGGCUCUGUGUUUUGAGAACAGAGGGAAAUGUUCCAGAGAAGGAACAGAGCCUAACCCUUUCCUCCCUUACUCCUUUCAUCUUGGUACCAGAAGAUCUUCUCUGCUUUCAAAGCUCAGCUCACCUCUUCCAGGAAGCUUUCCCUGAUUUCUCACUUAUAUCCCUCUGCCAACCGGUACCCAUCACUUCUUGUUGUAAAUCCCUCUAGACAUCCCCUAGCCCUGUGUUAGCCACUUCUCUUUUUGUACUUUGUAUAAUAGUUAUCUCUGAAAACGUCAAUAGAAGAGCCCCUCUUCUAUUCCAGGAACUCUGAAAUCCUUUGCUCUAAUCCUCACAACAAACUAACAAAGUGGGUUUUGCUUUACCCAUUUUAAAGAUAAGAAAAUUGAGACUCAGAGUGAAUAACUUCCUCAAGCUAGUAAGUGGCAGCCUGGGUAACUCCAGCCUGGGUUUGCCUGACUCCAGUGCCUGUAUUCUUUCCAUAAAACUGAACGACAUAUGCCAAGGACAGGAACUGUGUCUAGUCAUUGGGUCUUGCAUACAUUUGGCAUUCAGUUUGUGUUUCUGAAUGAAUGAAACAGUAAGUGAAUGAAUGAAUCCAAAGAAUAUCCUUUCUUUUGAAGCCUAUAAAGGCUUCAAAAGCUUUUGAAGCUCAGGGGUCAGUCAACUACAGCCUGGGGGGCCAAAUCCAGUCUGCUUCCUGUUUUUGUAAAUAAAGUUUUAUUAGAAUGCAACCAUGUUCAUUCCUUUAUUCUCUGUGGCUACUUUCAUGUGUAACAGUAGAGUGAUGUUGUGAGAGACACCAUGUAGCCCACAGAGCCUAAAAUAUUUACUGUCUGGCCCUUUCCAGAAAAAGUCUUCUGACUCCUGCAAUGACUUAUGAUUUUUACUAAGCUGGUUAAAACAAUGGUGCUUAUUGAGAAGUACUAAUAACCUUGUCUUUUAUGAUCUAGAAUUGUGUGUGUGUGUGUGUGUGUGUGUGUGUGUGUGUGCAUGCUUGUUAUCAGAUAGAUUCCACAUGUAUCUGGUAUAUGCCACUUUAUUAUUUUACAGGCAGGCUUCAUCUAAAAAGGUUUGCCCCACCAGGCCCUUGGGAAUAUCUGUAUCUAGAUAUAUCUAUAUCUAUGUAUACCUUUUUUAAAUUUUUAUAAUUUAAAAAAUUAAGUUUAGCUUUGUUGGCAGCACCUCAGCACACACAUGGUCAGAGCCAAGAGCCUGGUGACAAAGGUCUUCCCUGAAGUAAAGGAGGGCCUAUUCCCCCAGGACAGUCAUGGUGGGUGUGGACUUUGAGGCUCGCCAGAACAGUAUUGACAGGGGCAGUUUCUGAGCUGAACGAGAAGCAGCCUUUUAGACGGAUUACACUCCCAUUUCCUCUUGGCUGGCAGGGGCGAUCCGAUCCCGGGCUCCCAGCCUCGCCUCCUUCCCUGGGACAGGGGCCCUCUUCUUCCCCCAGGCCGCCCCCAGGGUAGCCUCUGGUGAGGCCAGAGCACUGCCUACCUGUUCCUGCUCCCCGGAGCUCAGGACUGGCCCCUGGACCCCUGGCAUCUGGGGCAGAAGCCACACCAAAGCAGGGAUUGGCUGCCUCCCACCCCAAAUGCCCAGCUGGGAGUGCUCAGAGGCGUGACAGAUCUCAGCCUGUCGCCAGCCUGUGUUCCCUGGCCAGUCCCUCCUUGGGCCUUGCCCACAAUGACGGUUCCAUCACUCAGCUUCACUCACCUGCUCACCAUUUCAGGACUGCUCUGUUACUCAGCUUGCUGCUCGGCUCUUCCCGGCCUGGAUCAGAAGAAGCGUGGCAGCCACAGAGCAUGCUGCCUCCUGACGCCCCCUCCACCCCCACUGUUCCCACCACCAUUCUUCAGAGGAGGCCGAAGCCUGCUUCUCUCCCCAGACAUGAAGAAUUUCAUCCUGGAACUGGAGACCUCACAGUCCUCAUGUGUGCAAGGAUCACUCGGCUCCCCUGGGCCCCCUGGCCCCCAGGGUCCACCGGGACUUCCUGGCAAGAUAGGACCAAAGGGAGAAAAGGGGGAGCUUGGCCUACCAGGAAGAAAGGGUAGACCUGGCCCCCCGGGUGUUCCUGGCAUGCCUGGGCCAGUCGGCCCUGAAGGACCCAGGGGUGAAAAAGGUGACCUGGGUGUGAUGGGCUUGCCAGGGUCAAGAGGACCAAUGGGCUUCAAGGGCUACCCUGGAUCCAGAGGGGAAAAGGGAUCCAGAGGUGAAAGGGGUGACUUGGGUCCCAAAGGAGAAAAGGGUUUCCCGGGAUUUCCUGGAAUGUUGGGGCAGAAAGGUGAAAUGGGUCCAAAGGGUGAGCCUGGGAUAGCAGGACACAGGGGACCCAGAGGAAGACCAGGAAAACGAGGCAAGCAGGGGCAGAAGGGAGAUAGUGGAGUAAUGGGCCCACCAGGCAAGCCUGGGCCUUCUGGUCAACCUGGCCGUCCAGGUCCCCCAGGCCCCCCGGGCCCCCGAUCCGCAGGACAACUUGUGAUGGGACCCAAAGGGGACAGAGGAUUUCCCGGGCCUCCAGGAAGUUGUCUUUGUGGAACCCCUACGAAUGUGAAUAACCCCUCCUACAGGGAAUCCAUGUAUGGGUCCAGCUCCCCUCAUGUUCCUGUGAUUUUUGUGGUCAACAACCAGGAGGAGCUCGAGAGGCUGAACACCCAAAACGCCAUUGCCUUCCGCAAAGAUGAGAGAUCUCUGUACUUCAAGGACAGCCUUGGCUGGCUCCCCAUCCAGGUGACCCCUUUCCACCCUGUGGACUAUACUGUGGACCACCGUGGCUCCUGCGGGGAUGGAGUCCUGCAGCCCGGGGAGGAGUGUGAUGACGGAAAUGAUGACGUGGGUGACAGUUGCAUCAGCUGUCACCGGGCCUACUGUGGAGAUGGUCACCAGCACAAGGGAGUGGAGGACUGCGACGGCUCUGACUUUGGCCACCUGACCUGCGAGACCUAUCUCCCUGGGUCAUAUGGGGACCUGCAGUGCACCCCCUACUGCUACAUCGACUCCACGUCCUGCCGCUACUUCACGUGAAGGGCCUUUGCGGAGAAGGCAGGCUGCAUCCCACAGGAUCGGCAGCAGCUUUUCCACCCUCAUCAAGUUGACUUCACACCCCCCGGUCCGGUUUCCGUCACCUUCGUGUGACAAAAAUAAGGAUGAGCCCUUGCUGCUAAGACAUGCUUUUAACUCGGUCCAACCGGAAGAACUUAGGACCACUGCACCCUGUCUUAAUCUGAGGUACCGGAGAACCUUCCACAUGCCCCCGCUGGGAACCGUUUUCCCAUUGCUACCAUCCAGCCAAAUCGCCGACCUGCAGUGCCCUUUUUCUUCGGAAUGUUACCAACCCAGACCGUGGACUUGGCUCACAACUGUUACCUACGCCUAGACCUGCAGGGCUUUUUGAAUUUGUCGUCAUCCCAUCUGGGUCAUGUGGUGGACAGGCCUCCCCACUCCUCUGACCUCCAGAAAUGUGGGCAUUCUCACCCGGGGCAGCCGGCCGUCAGGUCUCUCCAGGCCUGUGAGCCACAAAGCAGGGAAAUGAACCCGCCUUCUUGGAGUGGCUCCCAGCUCUGCACCCGCUGAGGAACCCCUCAACUGGCCACAGCCCAGCACAGCCUCAUGUGGAUGCAGCUCCCCCAAGAAGGGACCCAACUGUGAAAAAGCCCGGAGAAAGCCACCAAACCGGUGCUCUGCCCCUGGGAGAGGGCGGAGGCCCAGCUGGGUGCUCAGCUUGUGAACAGCAGAACAGUGGCCUUCCUGCUUCUCAGUGUUUCCCAAGAGGGUAGCUUCUAUAGUUUCACCAUCCCCAGCACCACCUUGACCUCGUGGCUCUCAGUACUUGGACCUCUGUCUUGUGAAUGCCCCUUAUGUCCAUCUCUUGUUCAGGAGAUUCACUACCAGAGGGUGUGACUUCCUGAGCCUACACUUGGGCAGGCUUUUGGUGUUUCCGGUCCUUAAGGAGAAUGCCACCCCGGGUCUCCCCAUAAUGAGGCCCUACGACUGAGUACCUGUUCUAGGCAGAGACCAUUUCUGUCCUGAGCUCCAGCUCCUGGCUGCCUGCUGACUCCUGUGCACACCCUGUGACCUUCCCAUUGUGUCUCUGGAGUGCAGAGCCUUGCCCUCGUGUGCCUGAGCCCCUCGUGUUUCUGCAGGGUCGUUAGUCUGGCAUGACUGUGAGCUGCCUUGUACCACCAUCUUUCCUGAGUGGGGCUGAGCUUUGUUUUGGAAAGAUGUCUCCCCAGUGGCAGACCGCAAAUGGGAUUUCCUUGUUUGUUACCAGAUGGAGGGACGCUGUUGAGCUUUUGUACAGAGCACUUUAACGUGCCUGAGUCUUGGGGACUCAGCAGACAAGAGCUUCUGGCCCAGCGGGCUAUCACUAGUGGUCUGUAGCAGAUGGGAUCAACCUGAAGGUGAGGUCUUCAGAGAUGGGCUUCAGACAAGAGCUUCCGGCUCAGCGGGCUGUCACUAGCGGGUCUGUAGCAGAUGGGAUCAGCCCAAGGGUGAGGUCUUCGGAGAUGGGCACACUGGCCAGCUGGGUUCCCCCAGGCUCUACUGCACACCUUGGGGGUGAUGUUGCUCCCAUGAAAGCUGCACCUUCAUGCUGGGAUCUCCGGAUAUCAAGAAAUAUAAGCGGUUUGUUUCCCCACUGUGGCUUUUUCUUCCCUGGGGGUUUUGGACCAGAGUCCCAGCAUUACUGGUUGGAAUGAGGGGUCUGAAUUCACUGUUUCUGAGGCUCUGCAGAGGAUUCUAGAAUGUGGAGCAGUCCCACUCAGAGACAAGGGAGGAAACGGAGGUUGAGAGAUAGGGAGGGACUUAGCCAAAGUCACAGAGCCUGGUCUUGCUAACCUAGCCUCACCCCAGCCUUAUUUUAGGACCCUGUUUAGAACGAGAUGGCGUUCCGGCACUGCCCUUGGACCUGGCACGAGGGGCCCUGUCCUGGGCCUCUUGCCUUAGUACCAAUCUGGCCCUCCUCUGGCCAUGACCCUCCCCACAGGGCAGGGAGUCUGUGAGGCCAAGGCGACAUGCCUAGUGGACACCCCUCUCCCAGACCGUGUUCCAGGUACCCAGGAGACCACAGUUCUCACCCAAGCGGUCCUGAGCCUGAGGCCUCUUCCCCAAGUCUGCCUGCCUGAGUAUGACCUGCAUACGCCUGUAAGCACGAGGGGUGACCAGGGACAAGCUGUGUUUAGGGGUUGCAGAUGGGGCUCGGAUAGGCGGGCUGGAGUUGCCACAGAGAUGCACACGAGGCCCCUCUCAGUGCAGGCUGGGCCUUGCUCUCCUCGUGCUGCCACAGAACUUUGAGGAAUCUAAAUAGUCCAUAUUCAAACCCAGCCUUCUAGGUCUUUAUGAAGGUGUGACUGACAGGUAAGCAGAGAGAACAUACUUAAGAACACUCUGUUAGUUUGAUUAUAAUGUAAAUACGUAGACAUUUGGUGUGUGAGCCUCCACCUAUGCUCUUGUAACCAGAUCCCACAAUAUUAGAGGGGUCUGUCUCCAAGUAUUGCGAGGGGCGUUCUGAAAGGCCCUGAAAAUAAAAGGGUUCAAAGCCA